UUCUCGAUAAUAACGCUCCCAAUAAUCUGACAAUGAGUCUCGCGAAUCCAGUCUCGCAGACGGGAACGAGCAGGAGUGAGAGCAGAUUUGCACGCCUCUAGGAAUUAUAAGAGAAGAUAUUUAUUCAUUACAUAGUUUGACGCUACUUGUAUAACAAUAAAAUGGAUGGUUAUAAUAAUAGUAAUGGGCUAGAAAUGAAACAAAGCUUAAGGAAUAUCUUUAUGAACUAUACUGUGAAGGCAUUGAAAAGAGAGUUACGAAAAAAAGAAUUACUUCCGGAGGGUGAUAAAGCAACACUUGUAUCAAGAUUAAUAGAUGCAUAUGAGAAUUCUGCAGAAUGUCUUACAAUUUACAUAUUAAAUGCUGAGUCAAUACAACAAGAGCUCAAAUCCAUGAAAGAAAAACUUGAUUCUAUCACAAAUGAAAAAAAAUUGUUGCAACAAGAACUCGAAUCUGUGAAACAAAAACUUAAUGUUUCUACCAAACAAGAAAAGGAACUGCUGCAACAAACAUUAAAUAUUUCGAAGCAUGAUUAUACACCGACGCAACGAGAGAGUAUAUUUUCGUCUUCUGAGAUUCAGCCAUCAUCAUCGAGAGUUAUUUUGUCAACUUCAAGAGACACUUGUAAACAUAGAAAAAUUCAUGAUAACAGUCGCAAAAGCUCACGUCAUCGAAGAUAUGAAUAUGAGGGAAAUUAUCGAGGAGAAAUAUCGAGACGAGAAAGGCCGUACUAAUAUAACAAGAUUAAGCAUCUAUAUAUAUUUCAAAGAUUAAAAAUAUAGAGAAAGUGGUUGAAGAUAACAAUCAAAUUGAAUUAUAAAUAUGAAGGCAAUAACCACUGCGCCAAGAUGAACGUAGCAAAAAUAUAUUAAAUUGACUUAUCAGCGUGAAGUCAUAAUGAAUCGAAUAAUUACAUGGAUGUUGAUCGUAGAUGUAAAAAAGCUGAAAGUUAUAAUCAAAUUAAAAGAAUAUUAUUAUUGCAAAAAAAUUGACAGACUGAAAGUCGUCAUCAAAAAUUCGCAUAAGUAAGAAACGCUGACAGUAAUAGACAAUCGCACGUUUCGAACCUUUAUCGGUUCAUUCUCAAUGUCGAAUUAUAAACAAUUAUAGAAAAAAUCACAAUAAAAAGUCAAGCAGUAAUGUCGCAAAUAAACAAUAAACUUAUAAAAAUUGAAUUGAGUCGGCACAUUAUGCAUCCGUGUACAUUCACGUGUAUGAUUUUUAGAUAAGUUGAGUAAAAAUUAUGACUCUAAACUCUUGAAAUAUUUUUACGAUUUCAAUAAUCUAAGAAAUAUGAAUACGAUACAACUCAUAAAGUGUAUCGCAUUUAAAAGGUUGGCAUAUUCGAGAGCAACAUGACUGUAUGCAUGGAAUAUUUCAAGAAUGUAUUCGCACGAAAAGUUAAAGGGAUUCGAUGCCAUCGUUGAAGAAGAGGAGCCGGGGAGGGAGAGGGGGAUCGAAAAUAUCGGAGUGCACUUGGAAGUUUCGUCGGGUCCUUGAAAGGAUCCGACGAGGACAGGAUUAAAGAAGUUAUUCGCGCGCGCGCGGUAGCGCGCAUCUGAAUUUAUUAUUUAUAUCGGAAGUCGCGCGACCGCGCUGCACGAGGUCGGUAUUCAUGACUGGAAUUUGCGAUAGGCUCGCGCGAAUAUUAUUCUAUUCAUGAAUUCUUGAAGAUGUUCGCGACGCGAAAAUGGACGUCUAGACGAAAGACGUCUCUUGCCUGAACUUGCGAAUAGAUUAUAUCCAAAUACGUUCAUGCUCAAAAUACAUAUCACUAUUCAAUUCGCGAUGGAAUCUAUGGAGCAAGAUGAGAUAAAAUGCAUUUCGAUCGCCUCAUUAUAUAGAGUGUUACGAAUUUAAAUGUUAAAACUUCGAGAAUAUAAGAGAUCGAUAUCUACAAGAAAAGUCAUUUAAAAAUAUGUUUUUACUUCAGCUUAAAAAAAAUCGUAAAAAAAAUAAGUGUCUCUUAGGUGUUUUUUUGAAUCGAUUGACAACGAACUGUCGACAAAUCUAAUUCACUAAAUGUAGAAUAAUUAAAACUAAGUAAUUCUAGUUUUAAUUAUUUUACAUUUAAUGAGUUAAAUUGAUCGAAAAUUCAUUGUUAAUUUAAGAGAACAGUUGAGCGACCGAAA